AUGAAGAGUGACCGCUCCAUGGAUCAUCCUCCUGGGCUUAAAGACGGACGCCCCUCCAGAGAGGAGAGACACCAGCAGAGGUCAAAGGUCACCCGUGCUAAGUCUGUUCAGCAGCAUCAAACCGAGCUGAUCAAGAUCAACAAUGCUUCUGAUGUCCUCAAGAGCCAGAGCGAGGAGGAGGAGAAGGAGGAGGAGGAGCAGAUUGAGGAGCAGAUGGAGGAUGUUGAUGAAACUGACGCUGCCGUGUGGCAACAAAAAGUCUGCUCUCAUCUACUGGAGAAGUUCAGGUGUGUGUCUGAGGGAGUCGCUGAUGCAGGGGAUCCGACACCUCUGAAUGACAUCUACACAGAGCUCUUCAUCACAGAGAGAGGUAGUGGAGAGUUCAGCAUGGAACAUGAAGUCAGACUGAUUGAAACAGCUUCCAGGAAACCAGCCAAGGAGGAAACACCAAUCCGAUGUGAAGACAUCUUUAAAGCCUUACCUGGACAAGUUCAACCAAUCAGAACAAUGAUGACAACUGGAGUUGCCGGCAUUGGUAAAACCGUCUUAACACACAAGUUCACUCUGGACUGGGCCGAAGGCAAAACCAACCAGGACAUACACAUCAUAAUUCCCUUCACUUUCAGAGAGCUGAAUUUACUGAAAGGGAAAGAGUUUAGCUUGGUGGAACUUCUUCAUCACUACUUUAUUGAGAUCAAAGAACCAGGAAUCUGCCAAUUCGACUGGUUUCAAUUUGUCUUCAUCUUGGAUGGACUGGAUGAGUGUCGACUUCCUCUGGACUUCCAGAACAACCCGAUCUGGACUGAUGUCACAAAGUCCACCUCGGUGGACGUGCUGCUGACCAACCUCAUCAGGGGCGACCUGCUUCCCUCCGCUCGCAUCUGGAUAACCACACGCCCUGCUGCAGCCAAUCAGAUCCCUGCUGAGUGUGUUGGCAUGGUGACAGAGGUGAGAGGGUUCACCGAUUCACAGAAGGACGAGUACUUCAGGAAGAGAUUUAAAGACGAGAAGCUGGCCAGCAAAAUCAUCUCCCACGUCAAGAAAUCACGAAGCCUCCACAUCAUGUGUCAAAUCCCAGUCUUCUGUUGGAUCACUGCUUCAGUUCUGGAGGACUUCUUCAAAACAUCCCAGACAAGAGAGGGGACCCCCAAAACCAUGACUCAGAUGUACAUCCACUUCCUGAGGGUUCAGACCAUACAGGGGGACAGAAAGUAUUGUGGGAUGCCAGAGAACAGGGAGAUCAUCCUUUCUCUGGGAAAACUGGCUUUUAACCAGCUGGAGAAAGGCAACCUUAUCUUCUACGAGGCAGACCUGGCAGAGUGUGACAUCGAUAUCAGAGCGGCCUCAGUGUACUCAGGAGUGUUCACCGAAAUCUUUAAAGAGGAGUGUUGGCUUUACCAGGACAAGGUGUUCUGCUUUGUCCAUCUGAGCCUCCAGGAGUUUCUGGCAGCCCUUCAUGUCUUCCAGUCAUACAUAAACACUGGCGUGGAUCUGCUCUCAGAAAAAAAGGAAAGAAAAAUGAAUCUCUUGAGCAAAAAAUCUCUACUUCACCUCCUCGGCCGGAGUGCAGUGGAAAAGGCCUUACAGAGUGAGAACGGACACCUGGACUUGUUCCUCCGCUUCCUCCUGGGCCUCUAUCUGGAGACCAAUCAGAUUCUCAUACGAGAUCUGCUGGGACAGAGAGGAAGAAGCUCACUGGCCAAUCAGGAAACCGUCAGUUACAUCCAGGAGAAGAUAAGUGAAGAUCUCCCUCCAGAGGGAAUUCUCAAUCUGUUCCAGUGUCUGGAUGAGCUUAACGACCGUUCCCUAGUGGAGGAGAUCCAACAGUCCCUGACAUCAGGAAGUCUCUCUGGAAAAUCUCUCUCCCCUGCUCAGUGUUCAGCUCUGGCCUUCAUCUUACUGUCUUCAGAAAAGGAGCUGGACGUGUUUGACAUGAAGAAAUACUCAGCCUCAGAGAGAGGUCUUCUGAGGCUGCUGCCAGUGGUCAAAGCCUCCAAAACAUCUCUGUAGGUU